AUGACGGGAUUAAAAACGGUGGCCGUCUUGAUCUCUUUCCUGGCUAUCGUGACUCUAAGUCAAGGGUUUAGAAGAGAGAGUUUAUCAAUCAAGAGAAGAAGAGCGACAUCAAACAGUUUUACAGACAAAGGAACGACAGGUUUGACAGAGUGGACAUCUUGGUUUAACAUUGACCAUCCUGGGGGAAAUGGGGACUACGAGCGGCUGGAGGCCAUCCGCUUCUACUACCGGGAGAGAGUUUGCACGAGGCCCACGGCAAUGGAAGUUCGCACUACGGACUGGGUGGCGGCAGCAGAUACGGGAGAAGUGGUCCACUCAAGUCUAGAUAAGGGGUUUUGGUGCGUCAACAAGGAGCAACCUUAUGGACGUACUUGCUCCAACUACCACGUCCGCUUUCAGUGCCCACCAGAGCAGAGUUACUGGACCGAAUGGAGCGAGUGGGGUCCAUGCACGACAACCGUUUGUAACGAUGUGGGUGUCCAGGUCAGGCAGAGGAAAUGCAUGAGCACACAGCCAAUGCCUCUACUCUUGGUUCCGGCCUGCCAGGGCCACCAUUCAGAGAGAAGGGAGUGCUCCACCCCUCCAUGUACAGCCAAGUGGGGUCCUUGGGGUCGCUGGGGGUCUUGCUCUGCCACAUGCGGGGGCGGUCGGAGGAUCCGAAGGAGGACUUGCGUGAGGACCUCGGAGACAGUACAGUGCAUUGGACGCCCUGCUGAAACUCAAAAAUGUGGCAAGAAUCCAUGUCCUGUCAAAUGUCAACGCGUGUGCACCGAGGGCCACCCUGACGAAGAUUGCAGCCGUUGCGUGUGCGAUGGCCACGUUUUGCAUGGGGAUGUUCACAGUGUGACGGGAGUCCCUGUGGCGGGGGCCCUGGUGGCAUUUGCCGACCACCCCAAAGUCAUACGUGCCCGGACGGAUGCCAAAGGUCACUUUAGGCUGCAUGGAACCUGUUCGUCUAACGUCACGUUACUCAUCAUCAGGAAGGAGAAGUUUUCUCCUGUCACUGUCUCUUCUACCAGUAACAGCACAGGCCUAUCCUGGGUGUCUGCUGUCCUCAGAUCAGCUGAGAAGCCCUACAUUGUGAAGCACCCCGAGGACAAAGUGCGUUACGAAGGUGGCCGUGUGCUGCUGUGUUGCAAGGCAACAGGAUCACCAAUGCCUGACAAAUACUACUGGUACCACAACGGCACUCUGCUAGACAGAAAAGUGUACAAGUACCAAGAAGAACUUGUACUGAAAGACCUGAAGCUAGAGCAAGCUGGGCAGUAUUAUUGCAAAACCAGCAGCUCUGCAGGCAGCAUUAAGUCCUCCCCAGCAUCCCUUACUGUCAUAGCAAAAGGCGCUCCAGCGUGCAAUUCCACUCCUGAGGCACAUCUGAUCAGACUGCCGCUGGAUUGCGUACAACCCGGGACGAACUCCAAGUUUUACAACGCAGGCCGCUGCCCUCAUAACAAAUGCGCUGGCUCUCUAGACUUUGAUAUGCGCUGCAGAGAUGGAACCGCUUUUUGUUGCGGUGUCCAAACGAUGGAAACUCUGACCAUUGACUGUGGGAGCUACAGCCUUCCAAUACGAUCUGUAUCCCAGUGCAGCUGUCAGAAGUGUGUGCAGCCAACUGUACUUGUGCGAGGGAGAGUUGUCACUGCUGACGAUGGUGAGCCACUGCGAUUCGGUCACAUAUACAUUGGCAAAGACAGAGCAGGCACUACUGGAUACCAGGGUGGUUUCACCAUUCAAGUUACUCCUGACACUCAGAGAUUGGUGGUGAAUUUUGUUGACCCCACUGAGAAAUUUAUUGACACUCCCAAGGUGUUCAUUUUGGACAAAAAAAGUGGAUCCAUCUACCACGAUGUGAAGGUGAUGAGGAAGCAGGCUCCCAUUGAUAUCGACGCUGGAGAGACCAAUGCUAUUAACCUAGGAGAAAUGACAGGUGAAGACCCGAUUGGCCAGUUAGUCAUUCCAGCCAAUUCCUUCCACAAAGAUAAUGGAGAAAUUUAUGAGGGAACCGUAAAAGCAAGCGUCACAUUCAUAGACCCAAGAAAUAUCACUACAGCUUCCGCAACCCCCGGUGACCUCAAUUUUGUGGACACUGAGGGUGACAUGCUCCCUCUGAGGACUUAUGGCAUGUUCUCUGUUGACUUCCGUGACGACAGCAACAAAGAAGUACUCGGGGCUGGAGCGGUUCAGGUCCUUCUUGACACACAGCACGUAAAAAUGCAAGAGCAUAUUCCCAAAAUGAAACUAUGGUCUUUAAAUCCUGAUACUGGAGUCUGGGAGGAGGAAGGCGACUUCUCUACCACGACAACUACAGGAGGCCAUGGACGAAGCAAGCGUGAGGAGCGUACCUUCCUCAUUGGCAACAUGGAGAUAAGAGAACGAAGACUCUUUAAUUUGGACGUGCCCGAAAAUAGACGUUGCUACGUCAAAGUUCGUGCGUACAUGAGUGACAAGUUCCUUCCUGUUGAGCAGUUGGAAGGCGUUGUGAUCAGCUUGAUCAACCUUGAACCCAAGCCUGGAUAUUCCUCCAACCCGAGGGCGUGGGGCCGCUUUGACAGUGUCAUAACCGGCCACAAUGGGGCCUGCUUACCAGCCUUUUGUGAUGCCCAGAGGGCCGACGCUUAUACAGCUUAUGUAACGGCAAUGAUGGGUGGUGAGGAACUGGAGGCAGCACCAUCCUCCCCAAAGAUGAAUCCAAACAUCAUCGGAGUGUCCCAGCCUUAUCUGGAUAAAAUAGACUACCAGCGCUCAGACCACGAGGAUCCAGCUCUGAAGAAAACAGCUUUCAAAAUCAAUUUAGCAAAGCCCAACCAAAAUAAUCUUGAUGAGACCAAUGGGCCCAUAUAUCCUUAUCAAAAUUUAAUAGCCUGUGAAAAUGCUCCAGUUGAUGCGAAUCACUUCAGAUUUUUUAGGGUGGAGAAAGACAAAUACGAAUACAACGUUGUACCUUUUGAGGAGACUGAUCUGACAACUUGGAUAGGGGACUACCUCUCAUGGUGGCCUAACCCUCAAGAGUUUAGAGCGUGCUUCAUCAAAGUUAAGGUCCACGGACAAAAAGAAGUAAUGGUCAGAUCGAGAAACCUCGGAGGGUCACACCCAGAGACGAGGGGCAAACUUUAUGGCAUCCGAGAUAUACGCAGCACUAGAGACAUGCGAGAGGCCAACACUUCAGCAGCUUGUGUCGAGUUCAAAUGCAGCGGCAUGUUGUUUGACCAAGCUGAGGUGGAUAGAUCCCUCAUCUCGAUCCUUCCACAAGGGAAUUGUCGCAGAAUCGCAACCAACAGCCUUCUGCAGGAGUACCUCAUCAAACACCCUCCAGUUGCGCAAAACAACGACUCCCAUGCCUUUAACAUGCUAGCACCCGUGGAUCCUCUGGGACACAAUUAUGGCAUAUACACAGUCACAGACCAGAAUCCAAGGCUUGCUAAAGAAAUCGCCAUCGGCCGCUGCUUUGAUGGCACCUCGGACGGUUUCUCUAGAGAGAUGAAGUCAGACUCAGGAGUUGCUUUGACCUUCAGCUGCCCAGAGAGGAAAAUCAACAGAGAAAGCCUCUUCCAGCGACUGCAGACCAACCCGGGAUUGACACUGUCACAGAUGGCGAGGGACAUGAGGGAGAUGGAAGGCCUGCAGGUGCAGAGGUCAUCCACUCGAGUGGUGGCCUAUCCCUCCGAACAACAGGGCAGGACCCAAGGUCGAAGGGUUGUCACUACAAGCAGGAGGAGGACGGUUAUGCGCACACAACAACGCUAA